GACCCGGGAGGAAAGAGGGGGCGGAGUCCGCAGAGUCUGAGGGCGGGGCGAGACGAGGCCGAAGGUUUCCCCUCUGCCCCUCCUCCUCCUCCUCCGGCCCGCGCGGACUUGGUCUCCCGCGCAGCUUCCGCUCAAAGCAUGCGCGAGCCAGGGGCGCGCGGAGGCGCUGCCUGCGGCUGCUCCGACCAUGCAAUGGCGGUCGUUGGUGUUGGCGCUGCUGGCUCUGCGGCUGGCCGGGCACGCGCUCCUGUGGCUGGCCGGCCCCAGCGUGGGCUUCUACCAGCAGCGCCUGCGCGCCUUCACCUGCAGCAGCCCCGCCGCCCGGGACGCCGUGUCCAACCGGCGCUGCUUCCCGGCUCCUCACUGGGCCUCUUUCCUGGGCAGGGCCUGGGAGGGCGCCGAUAGCGGCUCCUCCAUGGGCAGAGAUGGAAGCGGCGGCGGCGACGAAGACGAGUACGAACAGCGCUACAGCCGCGCCUUCCCCCCGCAGCUGCGCGCCCAGCUCCGCGACGCCGCCAGGGGCAUGUUCGGUUUCGGCUACGACAACUACAUGGCGCACGCCUUCCCCCAGGACGAGCUCAACCCCAUCGAUUGCCGCGGCCGAGGACCCGAUCGCGACGACCCUUCAAAUCUGAAUAUCAAUGAUGUCCUGGGAAACUACUCGCUUACUCUGAUUGAUGCAUUGGAUACCCUAGCAGUGAUGGGAAAUUCUUCAGAGUUCCGAAAAGCUGUAAAAUUAGUGAUAGAAACAGUUUCGUUUGACACCGAUUCAACUGUGCAAGUCUUUGAAGCAACAAUCCGGGUUUUGGGAAGUUUGCUUUCAGCCCACAUAAUAAUAACAGAUUCCAAACAGCCUUUUGGUGAUAUGACUAUAAAAGGCUAUGAUAAUGAGCUGCUAAAUAUGGCACAUGACCUAGCAGUGAGGCUUUUACCUGCUUUUGAGAACACCAAAACUGGAAUUCCUUAUCCUCGGGUAAAUUUAAGAACAGGUGUUCCAUCUGGCAGCAAUAAUGAGACCUGCACUGCAGGAGCGGGCUCUUUGUUGGUGGAAUUUGGAAUUCUUAGCCGGCUUCUUGGAGAUUCCACUUUUGAGUGGGUGGCCCGCCGAGCUGUGAAAGCACUCUGGAAUCUAAGGAGCAAUGACACUGGAUUAUUAGGUAAUGUUGUGAAUAUUCAAACUGGCCAUUGGGUUGGUAAACAGAGUGGCUUGGGAGCAGGACUAGACUCCUUCUAUGAAUACCUUUUGAAGUCCUACAUCCUCUUUGGAGAAAAGGAAGAUUUAGACAUGUUCAAUGAUGCUUAUCGGAGCAUUCAGAACCACUUAAGGCGAGGAAGGGAAGCCUGUAACGAAGGCGAAGGGGACCCACCUCUCUACGUUAAUGUAAACAUGUUCAGCGGGCAGCUGAUGAACACCUGGAUUGAUUCUCUUCAGGCAUUUUUCCCUGGACUUCAGGUUUUAAUAGGUGACGUGGAAGAUGCUAUUUGCCUGCAUGCAUUUUAUUACGCCAUAUGGAAACGAUAUGGAGCUCUUCCAGAGAGGUACAACUGGCAGUUACAGGCACCAGAUGUCCUUUUUUAUCCACUAAGGCCAGAGUUAGUGGAAUCUACUUACCUUCUUUAUCAGGCCACAAAGAAUCCUUUUUAUCUUCAUGUAGGAAUGGAUAUUCUUCAGAGCCUGGAGAAAUACACAAAGGCAAAAUGUGGCUAUGCUACCCUGCACCAUGUCAUAGAAAAAUCCAAAGAGGAUCGGAUGGAGAGUUUUUUUCUUAGUGAGACAUGUAAAUACUUAUAUUUGCUGUUUGAUGAAGAAAAUCCUGUUCACAAAUCAGGAAAUAGAUUCAUGUUUACAACAGAAGGACACAUUGUGUCUCUGGAUAAACGUCUCCGUGUUUCAUUAUGGCAAGAUACCUUUCCUGAAGAGGAAAAGAAAGCUGAAAAGAUAAAGCGUAGUGAACUGAGAGCAAACAAUUCCAUUUCUAAUUGCAACAGAGUUCCAGAUGAGAGGAGAUAUCUGCUGCCAUUAAAGAGUAUUUAUAUGAGACAGAUUGAUCAGAUGGUGGGCUUGAUCUGAAGAUUGUUCACAUGGAGUGACACUAAAGAUUGCAAGACAGCCUCUGAAGCCGAUGUUCCUCUUGAGCUAUGCAGCUUGUAAUGGACAUAGGAACUCAAGUAGUCGUUCAUUGUGUUGAAGGGUUUUGGUUUAUGUUGGAGAGAUGUCUGCUGCUGAGCACGUUUGUCCUAACUACAGUACAGCAUAGAGUGGCACAUACAAUGACGUUCUUGUAAAAUUUCUCUUCUUUCGUGAUUGAUGAAUCCUGCUUUGGAUAAAACAAAGAAACCAACAAACAACAAGUGGGCUGUGCCAGAAAUGCUGUUUUGCAACCACAUUUUUAAUGUUUAAUCUAUGCGGAUACAUUUGGAGAAAACUUAAAUUUUUACAUAUGUUAGAGUGGGAAGCAAAGGAAUGUGCAGUCUUCUCUCACCAAGCUUGAUUAGAUAAUUUUCAUUAGCAAUAAACAAUAUUAAUUAUUGCUCAGGUAGAAGGGAUAUCCAUAGGUUCUGGUCUACUCAAAAUUUCUUCUUGGAGAUAAUUGCAUAAUUGAAAUGUAAUGCAGUAAUGCAAACUGAGGUAUUACAUCACCGUGUUCAGGACUAACAUCUGGGUGGAUGUUGAAAACAGUGUUUUUAAUUUUGAAUUGCACAUUCAGGGGUGUAUGGAGUUUACUAGCUUCUGAAACCAGUAAUAUAAAAAAGGUGCCUUCUAGUAAGUGAAAUGCACAAAGCCACUCAAAUAUCUCUAAUCUUACCAUCUUACAUCGCUUAUUUGAAGAAUUCUUCAUAAUGUUCUUCAUAGUCACCACCUGCUUUGUGCCUCUCUGGGAUAUCUACCUUAAUUAAUGCAUAAUCUGAAAUGUACAUUCCUUGUAGUUAUAAUAUGCAAGCUUUUGGAGCUCGUGCCUUCUUAAUGGGAAACAAAGAGGUUUAGCUCUUAAUUAUCAAAAGAAAUUGUUUUUGGAGCAAUUUAUGCUGGAAUAUUAUCAACUCUUAACAUGCCGAGUACUCUUUGAGGAUUGUACUUGCUAUCUUCCACAUGUAUACAAUUAAGUAUUUAUUGAUGAAUGCUUUUCCUGCGUCUGUAAGAAGUAUUCUUGUAAGCAGAGCAGGUGGAUAGGAGUUGAUUUUCAAAGAUGUCUUGGUUCUUUGAUUCCUUUUGAAAUUUUGAGACAAGAAUGUUCUGUCAUCUUCUAAAGAUGCAUCAUUGAAGCCCCUUGAAUUAAAAACCAAAAAGGCUCUAGUGUGUGGCCUUACUUGUUAUACCCCAAGUCAAGCUUCACUUCCCCAUCCCAAUUUUUUAUCUCCCCCACCCCCCUCUCCAAUUAUAGGAGGAUGGAAAGUAGUAUCUCCUUUUUUUCACUAAGACACAGAGUACAAUCUAAGCACAUCCAAAGGGUACCUGAACAUUGAAUCUUUUCAGGAUGCUUUUCUAAGUAAAUUGAAACAUGGUUUUAGUUUUUUGAUCAAAUAAAAAUCCAGAUUUAAAUACAUAGGACUUUUCCUCUUAGAGGGAAACACAUAAAACAUAGAUCAGAUUCCAAACAAGAGUGUAUAAAUAUCAGUUUUAUUACCUAAUCCAACCUGUUUCGUGAUGGAACGUGUACUGCUUACGUUGCAAGUAAAGUGUAUGAUGCUUAGCACAGAAAUAAUUAUGGCUUGCCUAACCUCUAUGUCAAACAAGUGAAUCUCAGGGAUCUUAAAGAAGACUUGUGUUUGCAUAGAAUAUUUUGGUUUGAAUCCAUUGUCUUUUUUAUUUUACAGCAUUGCUGUUUUUGAAGGGAAAGAAUCUCUUAAAGUACAACAUCCUGUAGAAAUGAGCCCGUGCUUUCAUUAUCCUCUGAAAUUAACCUUAAGCUUAACUGCUAAUUUUGAAACCAGGCAAAUGUGUCAUCUUGUAAUGCUUCAAAAGUGUGAGGAGAAAGCCGGUCAUAUGCCUGAAUGGACUUCUUGCAGAUGGGGGUAGGCGUGUUUACUAGUCUAGAAAGCUAAAGAUAGAAUCCCUGGCAGAAAAGGGUUUUUUUUUAUUUUUGCAGGGGGAUGGGAGGGGGAAUGUUAUAAAGCAAAAAAGCUGAUUACUUGAAAACAGUGGUGUGAGGUUUUUCCACAUGGAAAAUGGUUGUACAAAGAGCUUAAUGGUAUUAAUGUAUAGUUUUAUUUUUUAAAACAAAAAAAAAAUUCCUCAGUUUCAAAAAUAGUUUGGCCUAUGGAGUGCGAAGAUAAAAUGCACUUUUCAACUUCCUGUGGGUUUGCAAUUCGUUUUGUGGUUCUCCACGCCUGCCUGUGAGCUUCAUGCCUUCAAAGGGAAGCAAAAUACAGACUAAAUUUAAUCGAAAUGGUUGUAAUUCUUGUUGUAAGCCAUAUAUGUUGUCUUCAGUUGUGUAGGGGGUCCUGCUGGAUAUGAAAUGUUCCUAACAUAUCCACGUGAGUGUUGUCUGAGUGUUAAAAAUCCUCUUCAGUUGAGGUGGCAUGUCAUACGACAUCACUCAGCAAAGAUUGUGCCUGUUAAAAUUGUGAGUGUCCGCACAGUGAUUUGCACUUUGGCUUGUUUUGCCAAGCAAUAUAUUUUGAGAUGCUGAUCUUGAAAGACGCUAAAGAGCUUUUACUAGUCACACUAUCAGAGUUCUGAAUUUUGACUUAAGAGCACUAUUAGAACAGGCAUGCUUCUGUUAGAAGUAGCGCAUCCAUUUCCAUGGUGUUCAUCCAGCCAUUUCAACUUUGAUUUGUUAGAAGUGAUUAUUCUAAGGUGGUAGAGUGCUCUCCUUUCUGUUGAAGCCACUGUCAGAGAAUAUGGGUACUAAUAUGUGCCAGAAUCAUUGGAUAUAUGUUAUUAGCAUAAAUAGCAGCUAAGAUGUGUUAAUGAAUCGGGUCCUAGGGUAAUUAAAUUUGAUCUAAUUUUAAACUACAAAGCUUCUGAGUUUCUGUCCCAGUUUUUCUCCCAUUGCUGACUUGUAAAAUGCCGUUCUAGUUCAUGAAAAGUGGCCAAAUUGUUCUAUUGCAAAACUUAGUGUUAUGACCAAGUCUAAAAUACUGCUUGGAUAACUUGCCAAUCCAUAUAAUCCAUAUUUAAUUUAUCACUAUAAUGUGCAAUAUGUGUUUGGUUUUUUUUUUUCAGCUGAACAUGGCAUUGUUACAAAUGUAUUUAAUAUGGUGAAGGAGCUGAAGAUUUUAUAAAAGUAUCAGAUGUUCUGAGAAAUGUUAGCAUUUUAAAAUGUAGAUUUUAUGUAUAAUUUGUAUUAAAGUACUAUUUCUUACUA